GUAUAUAGUAGUGCAUCUCGCGACUCUCGCAUCAAAUAUGUAGAAAUAUAUUAAUAAAAAGAAAAAUAUAUCAAUAUAGAGAAAUAUUUAUUACAUAUACUACAUGCUGAUGGUACACAUUAAAAAUGCAGCGUUACUCAAAAAACUCUGCAGUUACUCAAUGUAUGCACAUACAUAUACGAUCGUGGCGAUCUUGCAACUCAUUAUCAGCUACUGUGCGUCAGGACUGUCAGGUGUCCGGUUGAGUCGCCUGAGAUGCCAUGCCAUUGUCAUCAGAGUGAGAGAUUAUCAAGUAAGAUUGCAAAAUAUCUCGCAACUCUCGCAAGCAAAGUGUGCACAAUCCAAGUAGCAAAAAUAUCAAAGAGAAAAUUAUUAAGAAAAUUAUGCACGGAAUAAAGGAACAAAGCAACAAGGUUAUGCUGAUUUGACAUAAUGACAUCGAUGAUUUGAGGUUAUGACGCAAUAUAUGAAUUAAAAUCAUUAAAAUACGGUAGAGAAUGUUAUCGAGGAACCGAAUAAAUCGCUCGUCCAGUGACGAAAGUAGGCGUGAGGAUGACAGGUGUUACAGAAAAAAGCAUCGUGAUGAUUGCAAAAGGGAAAAACGCAUCUCCUCAGGAUCUGCGCGAAACAAUGGAAAACAGGAAAUACACAAGCAGAUUUCCGAUCACACGAGUAAUUCUCUCGUGCGAAACUCAUUCUUGGAAAAUCGUCACGAAGAUAGCAACGAGGACAACUCGUAUUUCAGUAAAUGUAAGCAGGAAUUGAUCAAGAUUUUCACGGCAAAUCCGAAUGUUGUCCAUGACGUCGCGGACUUUUGGAAAUUUGUCGAGAAAUACGAGUCCAUUAAGAAACAAUUGGGCGAUAGUGAUGAAUCUACAGUUGAUUCUGCUCUAAAUUCCAUUGGGCUACCGGAAAAGUAUCACAAGUCCCAUUGUCUAAAUUUGAAUCUUAAUUUGUCUUAUGGAGAAUUGUUUGCCAGAGUCCCAGAGAUCAAACCGUUGACCGCAUCGCGACUGCUCAAGUUUAGGGAUGUAAUACUCUUCUACUUGGAUUUUAAACAAAAGGAAAAAUUUAACAAAUUAAAAAAGCUCCGAGAUACACAAGCUAACUUACCAGUCGCACAAUAUAAAGAAGAAAUUAUCGAAAUGGUAAAGAGGGAAAAGGUAAUCAUUGUUGCAGGAGAUACUGGUUGUGGGAAAUCUACUCAGAUCCCUCGAUAUUUAUAUGAAGCUGGUUUUCGAAAGAUUGCAUGCACUCAACCCCGAAGAAUAGCAUGUAUCUCGUUAGCGAAACGAGUUGCUUUGGAAACAUUGAGCGAGAAUCUUAAUAGAGUUGGAUAUCAGAUACGUUUUGAGAAACAGAGAAACCAAGAGACAAACAUUACAUUUAUAACAGAGGGUUUAUUGUUGCGCCAGGUGUCGGGCGAAUUAACUUUAUUCGCAUAUGAUGUGAUAGUUUUGGAUGAAAUACAUGAACGUCAUCUACACGGGGAUUUUUUACUCGGAAUCAUGAAAUGUAUCAUUUAUCAAAAACCCGAUUUGAAAUUAGUAUUGAUGUCCGCCACUAUUAAUAUAGAACUUUUUAGUAAUUAUUUUGCAAAGGAAAAUGUGAAAGUAAUAGAAGUUCCUGGAAGAUUAUAUCCAAUUCAAUUAUUAUAUCGUCCCAUAACUGUACAAGACAUUGGAUACAAAAAUGAUAAAUUUAAUCCCAGCCCAUAUGUGCAGAUAAUGCAAAUGAUUGAUCAAAAGUAUCCAGGUAAGGAAGCUAUAUCUUACGAUAAUUAAUAGAAUAAAAUCAAUAAAUGUAACAAAAAUCAAUUAUGAUAAAGAAUGGAUGUAAGAUA